GGGACAACAAUCGAACACCCCUUUCAGCUUCUGAGGCUCUCUGAUUGGGGAAUCAUUGACCUGUGGCGGACAGGUUGGGUUAGGACCAUCAGCUUUUGUGAGACCUACUAUCAGGUCUAUUCAUUGAUGUAUACAAUCGCCUUAACAACGAGUAUCAAGCGAAUCGUUACACGACAAGCCUAAUGCCCCAUGUGUACAGGAGCCUAUAUGGGACUAUUAUUACAGGGCCGCUUCGAUCUAUCUGUAAGGAACUGUUUCAGAAGAAUAUUAGGAGAGUGGAGAAUUUAGUACAGUCUUGAGACAGUAGGAGAAACAUCACCACGUAUCGGAUAUAAACUUCGGCAAGAUUCGGUCAAUAACAUUGGCUAGUUGAAGACGUCACUUACAUGAUCAUGUGGUUUUUCGUCGUAAAGUGACGUCACAUGUACCUGACAUUCAUGUUCUAUUGUAAAUGCCUUUGAAUUGAUCGUGAAUCAUAGGAUAUGAUCGUCACUCACCAUUUGUUUACAGCCAAAAUAUCCGCAACCUUUACGGAGGAAACAUUGGGAUAACCAUUUGGGCUUCGGCAAGAUGAAAACUUAGCGACCUAUCAAGAUUGGUUUCUAGCUAUAUAAUUUACAGUUGUUUCCAUCUAGACUAUAAAUUUAAUUCAGUUCUAUUGAUUGACAGUGAUAUUCAUCGAACUUUGUGAUUAUGGGGUCCGGUGCUUCUAAGAAAAAACCGGAGAGCACAGUGCAGAAGAAGUUGAGGGCUGCAGCAGCUUUUAGCAGCGCGGGUAAACAAGCUCAAGAAAGGAGAGAGUUACAAGAGACAGAGACAGAAACGAAUGGAAAUGAAACAAAGACAGACACGUUCAUCACACAACCAGACCGUGAGAAAGAAAAUGGAGGACCCGUUGCCAAUGACAACGAGAAAGUUGACUCAACACUUCAAAAUGGCGUCACCACGAAGGACCCGGAGCCAGAAGAUGACGAAGUCUUUGACAAGGUCACCAAAAUUCAAAGUGUCUUUCGAGGAUAUCAGGAUAGGAGAGCAUUACAGAAACAAAAUGAGAUGGCCAUCAAAAUACAGAGGCAAUUUCGUCGCCAUCGUUCUUCGAUAUUGAGCGAAAGCGACGUUCAAGAGGCGUUGAGAUCAUCUCCACAACCUGUGAUCCCUUCCGUUCCAGACUACGAGAAAACAACUGUGAAGAAGCUCACCAUAGAAGAACAAAUGAAGAUUCGACAAGAUGAAAUGAAGCAAUUUCACAGAGUUCUAUCUGAACGGAAGGAGCAUCGAAGACAGAGAGCACGUGCAUGGCGUGAUACGCAAGGGACUGAUACUAAAGACAAGGAAUUCAAAUUUGAGAUCGGUAAAAAGACGAAACAAGAAUUUGGUAAUUUCCAGGACGAGAUUACAGAGCUGAAAUGGUAUGCAGAACAACAGUUAGAGAUAACGUUAUGUGGAGGCAAAGAAUAUGUCCCUCCCAGAAUACUGCUCAUAUCAUCCAAGGUGCCCAAGGCGGAAGUACUAGAAGAAACGAAAAAGGAAGAGGGUAUCAUUGUUAUCCGUUACGACUUCAACAACGAUACGUUUGAUACGUUAAUAGAUGCGAUACGGGUCAACUUGGAAGCCUAUAAACCUGGAUGUAUGGCCCAGUCUCUGUGUCUCUAUGCUCAAGGUGGGCCAGGUUAUUUGUACAUGUUGAAGAAGAAGGUUCUAACGACAGCUAAGCUGAAGAAAGAAAACGAGGCAGACCAAGUCAGGUUUUGGAAGGAGCUUGGUAAGAUGAUGAGUCGGAUUCAUCCCGAGGACACUGUCAUUCAUAUCAUGGGCUGUAAUAUACUCGGAAGUGAAAGCGGUUUACAGUUGUUUGAUGAUCUUGAAGAUCUAAUGCGACCCAACUUCGUACGAUUUGAAUCACCUCUAGAACUUAGCCAAGAAGGUGCUCAGAUGGUCAGCACUUAUUUCAGUCCCGCCAAGUACCAUCUCUGGAAGUCAUCUAAGUACUCUAAAUCUGAACUCAUACUUCCUCCGAGCAUGAAAUGAUGAGGGCAUCAUCUAACAUCACUACUAUGACAACGGAUUCACGUCCGCGUUGUAUUUGCAAUAACUUAUCGCAAGAGGUUGGGAGCAUUCAUAUCCAACUAUAGCCCUGAAGUAUAUUAAUACAGUCAAACCUGUCUACAACGACCAUCCAAGGGAAACGCAACAAGUGGUCUAUGUAGACAGGUUCCUUUAGUGCAUGUGUCAAUGAGAAACCAUUUUUAAGGGAGACACAAAAUAUGGUCCUUGUAAGUUGUAGACAGGUGGUCUUUGUAGACAGGUGGUCACUAAAGCAGGUUUAACUGUAUCAUAAGAUAAAGUAUGAACGGAAUAUCCUUUGAGAUGCAGGCCUUCCUCACUUUCUCCUUUGCUACUUAUGAUGUAAAGGCCACGUGUGUGAUCCUGGGCUUAUCCUUCGAAGAUCCUGUCGAGGCAGAGCCGGAUGGUGUUCGAUGACAUCUCUCUACGAGGGAUCCAUCUGAUGAUAACCAGAAAAACCCAGUAGUUGCUCGACUGUCUCCUGACACUUCUCACCCGGGCCCUUUGGAACUCCAUGGAACACUAAGUUGUUUCGUCUGCUCCUGUUUACCAGGUCGUCUAUAUUUUCUAUCUCUUCUUUCUCCCUCUUCAGCCUUUUCAGCUCCACCACCAUGCACACAUCAUCAAUGCAAUUAGAGCAAGCAGUGAUCUUUUCUGCAUUUUCAUCAAGCUUCACCUUGAAUUUAUCGAGCUCUUAACAAGUAGCAGUUCCAUUCGCUGCUUUAGAUGAG